UUCCGUAGUAAUCCAUGGUUCUAACUCUAUAAACAUCUAGAGCCAAUCUCAUAUAGGUUAAGGGUACCAGCUGUGUUAAGCAGCUUAAAAGUCAGUUGGUACUGCCGUGUAAAACAAAUGAGGACUAAGUUUUCUUUUAUACACUGUUAUGUUAGCUGGUGCAUUAAAAGUUAUAGGUUAAGUACAAACAAUGAAGAUAAAGUCAGGGGAACGUAACAUAUCAGCGAUGAGUAAAUUCGAUGUAAAAGGAGUCCGUGAACUACUGGUUGCAGAAAGCAAGUUUAUAACACAGUUAUUGGAUAAGCGUAGCGUACCUGUUACUGGGAACAAUGAAUCAGGUGUUGUAAGAGGCAGUUCUGAAACAAAUUCUGGUGUUUACAGCAAAAAGAAAGCAAAACUACUUGCAGCACAAAAUAAAGGAACAACGCGCGCUAAGAGUUUAGAAGAACUUCACGAUAAGCUACAAGCAAUGAGAGGUAAAAAGCUGGGUUAUAAGGAUAAAUUGUUAAAGAAAGGCUUAAAGAACAGAGUUCUUAAAAAGCAGAAAAAGGAUGAACGGAAAGGAAGAAAAAACUUAAUUAAGACAGGACCAGAUUAUAGCGCACAAUUUGAAAAUAAACCAAAACCGUCAAAACCUAUUUACAAUAGUGAAGGCAAGAUGGUAUUCAGCAAAUUUGACUUCUCAGAAUCAGGAUUCAAAAGUGAAGCUUCAGAGAGGAGGGGAAGAGAAGAACGGGAUCCACAUAAAAUACUCAAAAAGAUUGAGAAGAGGAAUGAGAAGUUGAAGGAAUUGGAGACGAAAGGUGAGGUGGAGAAACUUUCUGAGAUUAGGGAGAAAAUUGCUUGGAAUAAAGCACUGAAUAAGUCCGAAGGUGUUAAGGUUAAAGAUAAUCCUGAACUGCUGAAGAAGACAAUAAAGAGAGAGAGAAAACAGAAACAGAAAAGUAGAAAGAAAUGGGAUGCUAGACUAGAAGGAAUGAAGAAUCGCCAAGAAGAAAAGCAGAAGAAGAGGAUGGGUAAUAUACAGGCACGUAAAAAGCAGGUUAAAGUGAACAAACUGAAGAAAGCUGCUUCGAAAGGAAGGAUUAUACCAGGAUUUUGAACACAAUGCCAAGAAGCGAGAAGAUGGUAUAUUGUUCCAUGUGGUGUUGAAGUUGACUGAGAACCUGAAAUCUCACAAUUUCAAGCAGUUGCUGUGUGCAUUGCUGGGAUGUUUCCUGACUAGCACCAAAGACGCACAAGGGUUGUCUGAGAUCUUGUGCUGCUAAUAUGUAACUGUACAGUUAAUGGACCUACCUUAUUACCAUCUGGCAUUGUAAAUUUUGAGGUUAUGGAAUUCUAAUAUGUACAUAUUAAAUAUUUUGAGACCUGAUA